AGUACACAAACCCAAUACGUAUACGCUACAUACGUAGCCGAUCCAUCCAGCAAGCAAGAAGAGGGGAUCGAUCGAGGGUUUGAAAUCAAUAAGUUGACUUGUUGAGGUUGCUACGUGUGAAGGCACGCCAAGAUGGCCGAAGCCCACGCUGCUGUGGCUUUCCAGUUCACGGUCACCAAUGAAGGGAUCGACUUCGACAUCAACCAUGAGGCUUUGAAGGCUGUCUUUGAAAGUGGCAUGCGGUCAUGGGUCAAGAGAUUCAGACGUUUCCAGAAUGGUAUGGUCAACACCACCUAUCCUGCCAGUCCGUUGAGCUGGCUAGCCGUCCUGACAGCGGUGACGGCUUGUUCAUUGGCGCGUGUGGAUCCUUCCAUGGGGAUGAUUGAGAAGCUCAAGGAGAAUGUCUUACCAGUGGACUAUCUUGGGCCAGCGCCUACCAUCUAUCUCUCCACGGUCAUCUUUGCCACGUUCCUGUGGCUGGCUAUCAUCUUCACGUUGCGGUUCAUCCUGAAGCGUCUGCUCUCCUAUAGGGGUUUCAUGUAUGAGGUGCGAGGCAAAGUGUCUAUACAGACCAAGAUCUGGGCUAUGCUUUUGAAGUGUUUUGUAACGAGGAAGCCUCGUCUGUUCAGCUAUCAGAACGCACUGCCUAACUUGCCUCUGCCAUCAUUGCAUGACACAAUGAGAAGGUAUCUGCUCUCUGUGCGUGGGUUUCUCAACGACGAAGAGUUUGAACAGAUGGAGCUUCUUGUCAAGGACUUUGAGGUGGGGCUUGGUCCGCGCCUGCAGCGCUACCUCCGGCUGAAGUGGUUGUGGUCUGUCAAUUACGUCAGCGACUGGUGGGAGGAGUAUGUUUAUCUGAGGGGGCGGGAUCCAAUCAUGGUUAACAGCAACUACUACGGAAUGGAUUCCAUAGCCAUGCAGCCGACCAACAUACAGGCGGCACGGGCGGCCAAUUUCACCAUCAGCCUGCUGCGCUUCCGCCGCGAGAUCGAACGGGAGACCCUGAAGCCACUGAUGAUGCAAGGCAUGGUUCCGCUAUGUUCCUACCAGUACGAACGUCUCUUCAACACCACACGCAUGCCGGGUCUGGAAACAGACACCCUGGUCCACCAUAAGGACAGCAAGCACAUUGUGGUCCUCAGCCGGGGCCGCUUCUACAAACUGGUCUUCCAGGUGAACGGCACCAUGCUAAGUCCAGCCGAACUUCAGAAGCAGUUUCAGUGGAUCAUUGAUGACCCCAGUGAACCGAUGGAAGGGGAGGAGCAUCUACCCGCCCUUACGGCUGGUGAUAGGAUCCCUUGGGCACUGGCUCGGCAGAGGUUCUUCACACGAGGCGUCAACAAGAUCUCCCUGAGGGCCAUCGACACCGCCGCCUUUAUGGUCAUCCUUGAUGAAGAGGAACAAGAUUACGAUACCGAACCUCUGAAGGGAAUACUGGCCAAUCAAACCCUGCCACCGUGGUAUAAAGGGCUCCCUCAGGAAUCCACAGACAGCCAGUUUCCAACACCUCUCAAAGAUGACUGGAACCAGAAUCGUAAGCUAGAUAAGUUCAGCCACUCCUUGCUCGCUGGUAAUGGAUAUAACCGUUGGUUUGAUAAGUGCUUCAAUCUGGUCAUCUUCAAGAAUGGACGCAUGGGUGUGAAUGCUGAACACUCGCUUGCGGACUCACCUGUCAUGGCUCACCUGUUUGAGUACGCCUUUGGUGAGGACAUCAUGGUUAUUGGGUACAAUGCUGACGGUUCCUGUAAGGGGGAAGUGAAAGCCACCUAUGCACCCCCCGUGCAUCUCAAGUGGGAACUUCCAGAUGAGGUGAGAACGGUGAUGGAGACCAGCUUGGAGACGGCCAAGAAGAUUGCAGACGAUCUGGAUUUCCACCUGCUGGUCCACAACCAGUUUGGCAAGGGGGCCAUGAAGAAGUGUAAGGUCAGCCCUGAUGCCUUCAUUCAAAUGGGCAUGCAGCUGGCAUACUUCCGGGAUGCUGGUAAGUUCAACUUGACCUAUGAGGCAUCGAUGACGCGUCUGUUCAGAGACGGCAGGACGGAGACCGUUAGGCCUUGCACCAUCAGCUCCUGUGACUUUGUGAAAUGCAUGGAAGAUCCCUCUUCAUCUAAAGCGCAGCGUCUUGCCGCGUUCCGGAAGGCGUGUGAUGCCCAUGUGGCUGGUUACCGCGAUGCCAUGUGCGGCAAGGGCAUCGAUCGUCAUCUCUUUUGUCUGUACGUCGUCUCCAAGUACUUGAAUGAGGAGUCUCCAUUCUUGCAGAAGGUGUUGAGUGAACCCUGGCGUUUGUCCACCAGUCAAACACCUCAUCAGCAGAUGAACAAACUGGACAUCACCAAGCACCCUGAGUACAUAUCAGCUGGUGGUGGAUUCGGUCCGGUGGCUCGCGAUGGCUAUGGAGUGUCCUAUAUCAUUGCUGGUGAGGACGUCGUCUUCUACCAUGUCUCCAGCAACAAUUCCUCAGCUAGUACGGAUUCCUGGCGAUUUGCCAAGGGCAUCAUAAAAGCAAACAGAGACAUCCUUUCUCUUUUCCAGUAAAUAGCACCACUGUCUCCGACAAGCCUCAACAAAUGCGAGCAACAAAUUGGUAUUCAGCUUUUUUUUUUAAUCCCGUAUUUUUUCCCUCUUUCUUUGGUGCUCGUCAUUCUGAAACUUAAUACUUGGAGGAGAAUUUAGUUUUGUAUUAGGAGACACAGUCUUUGAUAUUUGGGGUGUAAAGGUUUUUACCUUCCUGGUCACUUGGAAAUUAGUCAUUCAUCGGUUGAGUUACUGGUUGAGUUUUUAAAACGUGCAGCAUUGGUCACUAUAAAUACAGGUUAAAUAAUAUGCGCAUGUAGAAUUGCCCACAAAUGCUUCGUUUCAUGCACUCUGACAAAAUACAUUGGUCCACAGCUGAGCAAAUAGAUUAUUUGUUAUCUAAAUAUCCCAAAUGAAAGACCUCAUCAAUCAUUUAUUCGGAAGGAAACAAAUGGUAGCCAGUUGCAGAGAACAACAAAAAUUCUUGAAAUUCAACAUGGUAAUCCCUUAAUUUUCAGUUUAGGGGGCUGGAGCUUUAAAAUACUGAACUUGUUCUGAUUUAUGUACAUUUAAUUUUACACAAAUUUAGUUUUUCCUCCAAUCUAUUCAACAUUUUUUGAGGCUUGUCUUUGGAAAAAUUUCAACACAAAGGAAAAAUGCAGUAAACUCUCCAUUUUACAGUUCCCAAAGAAUUACAGUAUUUAAUAGUAUUUUAUCAAUAUGUACAUGUCAGCAUAGGUGGUAUGAAAUAUGGUGACUUUCAUUUAUGACACGUAGGCAAGUAUUUAGUAACUAUAAAUGUUUAGCAAUGAAAUAUCACACACCUAUUUUAUUUACAACCGAAAUUAAGCAGGGCGAGAAUAACUACCUUUUUUCACUCUCUUGGUCGAGUUGUUAGUCCAUCUUUUCACAACAGUUGAGGCAAGUUUAGGAAAGUAAACUACCGUUAUUGAUGCCCAACCUUAACGAGGCCAGUCUUUGUCAGCAAUGCAACUAUUUCUUUGGAACAUUAUCAUUACCUCUGUGUGACCUAACUUUUAUUCUUAGCCGGUACUUGAAAUUGGGAUUGAAGUCUUAAUACUUGAGUAACAGGUUUUGUUUUAAUUUUGUCAUGCGCUUGCAAUAGAGCCCUGUUGUCAGCAACAAAGUAUUGUAAUGUGUUACAGUUUAUUUAUAGCCACCUUUAUCACUGAUUCUUAGUAGCCAUUCUGCUAGUUUGUGUAGAGUAUUUUGUCGAGCUUGCCCAUUAGAGUGAAACAUAAGUUGGAUUGAAAUAUGAAGUUUGUCACCCAGGUUGCAUAAAACACUUAGCACAUUAAGCUUUUUGUUCUUUCUUUUUUUUUUUGGAUUGCUUGUUUGAAUAUGUUUGCCCCAGAUGCAGUUUGUAUAUGAUUUAUGUAUUCGCUGUGAGCUGAAUGAACCUUGCAUAAUUUAAUACUGUCUAUUUCUGUUGCAAUUACUGUCAUGAGGACAUUUCAAAAUCUCAACAUGUGCUUCGGUAUGGCUUCAAGAUUCCAAGGCUCUGGAAGAGGCUUUGGAUGAUGGUCGAGUUAGCCAUUAUGGAUAUUUUAGAGAAUGAAUUUGAAGCUUUUUGCUAAUGAAAGGAGUCAAUUUCCAAACGUGAAGUAAAAAUUGUCAUGCUUUCAUUGGUUGCGUCCGCUGCCAACAUUCUCAUGUUGUACGUCCAUGUUGUAAGUUUGUGUAGUGUUUGCUUGGACAAAAAGAGGAAAUAGUAGUGUUUUGGGAGAGUAGUGUAUGGUUUGAGAAUAAUAUUAUGCAGUUAUUUGCUCAUGAAAGUAAUUUUUUUCUGUGAGAAAUACAAAAAAAAGGAAAGCAAUGCUUGUUGAGGAUUGUAAUUAGUAACGCAUAAUUACGUUAAUAUUUGGUUUGGUGAUAUCUGACACAUAAUUUGCACUGCAAAAUCAGCCUUAUGAUUAGCACAACGCUAAUUUAUUAACACACUGAAGUCGAGUGUGAAGGGUCGCGCAUACUAAAUGAUGUCUUUCGGUGCCAAACAAUGCAAGCUCCUUCGAGCCCUUUUGUGGAGAAGUCAGCUUUAAUUUUAUCAGCUUGUUCAAGUAGGGCAACAAUCAGUUCUGAGAAGAUAAAAAAAACCAGGGUGAAUUAUUAGUGUUUAACAUCCUCUAAUUUAAGUUGGUAAUAUUCUAAACGAGCUUUGCAUUUGCUUUUUCAUAUUAACUGUUUGAUUUUUUCCCAUUUAAAACUAUUUUUUUUCUCUAUACGGAAACUAGUUCAAAGAGAAACUUGUAAUUAUUUUAUUAAACCUUAUACGAUGACGUAUAUCUUAUAGUUCCGGUUAAUUGGCGAAAGAGACAGAAGUAUUUUAUCUCUGAUUUAUUAAAUUUUGCGGUGUAUGUAAUCGUGACGUUGUGCACCUUUGACCUACAUGUGGUGUGACUGUGAAGAAUGCAAUAAAAAACAUUGAUCUUUUGACCUCUUGGAGAAAAUGAA